AAGGCCGCGCGGCGGGCGCUCUCGCGAGACGUGGCGGAAGGGGCGGGGCGCGGCCCGGAAGUGGAGCCGCCGCCGUUGCGACCAUGGCGGAGACCGACCCCAAGAGCAUCCAGGACCUGACGGCCGUGGUGCAGACAUUGCUCCAGCAAAUGCAGGACAAGUUUCAAACCAUGUCGGACCAAAUAAUUGGAAGAAUCGAUGACAUGAGCUGCCGCAUCGACGACCUGGAGAGGAACAUCGCCGACCUCAUGAUGCAGGCGGGCGUGGAGGAGCUCGAGGGCGAGAACAAGACCCCAGCACCCAGCAAGGGUUAAAGCUGCCAACAACUCAAGAUGAAUCACAGAAGAUGACUUUUUCUUUUUUUUUCUACAAAUGGUUGGAAUUAAAGAAUGGCUUUUUGCAACUCCAGUGUGUGAAAGCAUUUUUAUAUUGUUACAGAGCUUGCAUUCCUAAUGUACAUUGUAUAGUCGGGGUAGGGUAGUUUCUAUUUGAUUUGUGUACUGUAAUUUCACUUUUUGAAUUCUUGUUACGAGGAUCACUUGGUUGUGUUAUUAAAACACAAAUCUCAA